ACGACGCAACUGAUAAAUAGACAAUUUGCAUACUUUUUCUGCUGGAAAAUCGAGGAAAAUGCACCAGCGACGCAGAAAAACACUCAACAGACAGUCUUUGAUUUGAACACGAAGCCACCUAGCGGAAAAAGAUGGUAAAUCCGAUAAAAUUUCAUCGGCAUGAAAUCCGUUGCGACAACAGAAGAACUUGUCCUAUGAAAUGUCUUCGGGAAGAGAAAGCAGAAGUUCUACUUUUCUGUUUUUGAAAGAAAUGCCUAAAAUAUUCAUUCAAAUCUUGAAACAUGGCCUAAUUUCAGAGGACUAUUGACGAAAGUAAAUGUUCAGAGAGUUGAAUUACAGCACAAUCUAUGCACUUAUCAACAGAAAUGUCCAACAUCUGUCGUGAGAAAUUUCGCCAACGGAAGCGCUUCGACAGGAAUAAACAAUCAAAUGUUGAAACUUCAGUUUGCAGAGUAAACAAACGGGAAGCAAUUGAAGCGAAUCCGCAAAAAUCCACGCUGAUAAACAGCGAGUGGCGAAAAAUGCCAAAGACGCAGUGUCAAGCAGACCUGCUCACGUUUCCAGCCACUGACUGUGUGAUUGUGAGACGGAGAUGCUAGUGUGAGGCACGAUAAGGGGGACAAAGUCGGGACGUCCGCGCUAAUCAGUAAACACUCGCCAGUUGAGCAAAUCGCUCGCAUCUCUCUGCACACGUCGAGGAAGGAUCAACGAUGCCCAGGCAAACGGUACUGGUGACAGGCGGCGCCGGAUACGUCGGCUCGCACACGAUUCUGGAGCUCCUCAGCGCGGACUACGCCGUGGUGUGCGUGGACAAUCUCUGCAAUGCGUACAAGCAGAAGGGCGCCGCUCUGCCGGAGUCCCUGGUGCGCGUCCAGGAGCUCACCGGCAAGGGCGUGACAUUCUACGACGUGGACAUUCGCGACAGGGAGGCACUGAUGGAUGUCUUCGCGAAGCACAAGAUCGACUGCGUGGCCCACUUUGCUGCGCUGAAGGCCGUCGGCGAGUCCUGCAAGUAUCCGCUGCAGUACUACCAGAACAACAUCACAGGCACCAGCAUCCUGCUGGAGGUGAUGGCGCAGGCGGGCUGCUUCAACUUCGUGUACAGCUCCAGCGCCACGGUGUACGGCGAGCCCAAUUUCCUGCCGCUCACCGAGGAUCAUCCCACGGGCAAGUGCACGAGUCCGUACGGCAAGAGCAAGUACUUCACCGAGGAGAUCCUCAAGGAUCUGUGCGAGUCCGACAAGCGCUGGACGGCGGUGUCGCUGCGCUACUUCAAUCCCGUCGGCGCACAUCCAUCGGGGCGCAUCGGCGAGGAUCCCAGCGGGGAGCCCAACAAUCUCAUGCCCUACAUCUCGCAAGUGGCCGUCGGCAGGCGCUCCGUGCUGCGCAUCUACGGCACCGACUAUCCCACCAAGGACGGCACAGGCGUUCGCGACUACAUCCACAUCGUGGAUCUGGCGCUGGGACACGUCAAGGCGCUGGACAAGCUCGCCACCGGCGAACUGCGAGGCUUCGUGGCGUACAAUCUGGGCACGGGCGCCGGCUACUCCGUGCUGGAGAUGGUGAACGCCUUCGCGGACGCGUCGGGGCAGCGAGUGCCCUUCGAGGAGUGUCCGCGGCGCGCCGGCGACAUCGCCGAGAGCUACGCAGACGCGUCGCUGGCCGCCAAGAAGCUCAACUGGCGCGCCCAGAAGGGCAUCCGCGAGAUGUGCGCCGACACGUGGAAUUGGCAACAGUCCAAUCCCAACGGCUACGCCGCCGCCAAGCUUUAGCACCAAAGAUUACAUUGUCGUCGCCAAAGGACAUCCAGUCAACUUUCUUUUCUUACAUUCUUCUCAGCAUUCUCGCACUCUUCGUUCAGCUUCUCGUCCAAAUUCAAUGUUGUGCCAUUAUUCUCUGUUCCUGUGUUUUUCAAUGUUAAGCAAAUAAAGAUGAUUUGAAUGGAAAUUUCGCCAAAUAAUUACAAAUAAUCAUGAAAA